GUUCAGAGGACCUUUAUUUUGAAGUGUGUACUGUAGCAUGUUGAUCACUCAGCUCUGCCUCUCAUCGGCUCGCUGACGGAUCUGGAGCUUUAUAAGGAUAGGAUGGCCGAACCGCCUCAGUCAUGUGACUGUUUCGUAUCUUUACCUCCUGGUUCUAAAGAAGACUAUGUGAUCUUUGGUAAAAACUCUGACCGCCCGAGAGAUGAGGUGCAGGAGGUGGUGUAUUACCCUGGGUCCUCACAUGUUCCUGGGUCUACAUUGGAGUGCACAUACAUUUCUAUCCUUCAAGCUGAGCAUACCCAUGGGGUUGUGCUGACCAGACCCGCUUGGCUUUGGGGGGCUGAGAUGGGAGCUAAUGAACAUGGGGUGUGUAUCGGAAAUGAAGCGGUGUGGACCAAGGAGCCUGUAGAUCCAAAGGAAGCUUUGCUGGGAAUGGACCUGGUUCGGCUGGGACUGGAGCGCGGGGACAGCGCGUGGUCCGCUCUGAAUGUCAUCACAGGUCUACUGGAGCAGCAUGGUCAGGGUGGAACCUGUAGGGAAACCACCGAACCCUUAAGUUACCACAACACCUUCUUACUAGUGGACCGACAGGAAGCCUGGGUCCUAGAAACUGCUGGAAAACUGUGGGCUGCUCAAAAAGUCACAGAGGGAGUCAAGAAUAUCUCAAACCAGCUGACGAUAGGCUCGGAGAUCUCUGCAGAGCAUCUGGAUCUGCGCAGCGUGGCCCAGACUCAGGGCUGGUGGAGUGGGGAGGGGGAAUUUAGCUUCACUGCUGCCUUCAGCCCUGAUAACCCCCCUGCCAGGAUGGAGAUGGCCAAGCAGCGCUACAAGGGAGGCACAGCCCUGCUUCAGCAACAUGAUGGCUCUGUGACAGCAGAGGUGAUGAUGAGCAUCCUGAGGGACAAAGCCAGUGGGAUCUGUAUGGACUCAGAGGGCUUCCGUACCACAGGCAGCAUGGUCUCCAUUCUCCCACGAAAGCCAGGCAUGCCCUGUGUCCACUUUUUCACUGGCACUCCUGACCCCUCCAGGUCUGUAUUCAAGCCUUUUAUCUUCUCUGAGAACAUGAGGCCUGUCAGCAUGGUGGUAUCUCCGCAGUACGGUCCAGAUGAUCCUGUGAAGACACAGCCUCGAUUUCAGCAUCAAGUGGAUCGCAAACAUGAGCUCUACAAAGCCCACCAGACAGCACUGACCAAUUCAGAUGCUGCCGUCUCUCUACAAGAGACGAUGAGAAAUUUGGAGUCUCAAUGUCUUGAGGAGAUAGAGGCCAUGCUUAGAGGAGAGAUACGGGGCCAGGAGCUUGGUGACCUGUUCUUCGACUGUGUGGACGCAGAGAUCAAAUUCUACCAGUGAAACCAAGCAGUUCUCGUUGUGAAUGUAACUAGUGCUUGCUGAUCUGCCUGAAGAGAGAGAGAGAGCGAGAGAAAAUUGGAGAGUCCAGGGCACACAGGUUCCUGCCUGCUGAAGUCAUGCUCUCCUAGUUCCCCUGAUGCCAUGCUAAACUAAUUGUGAUGUCCAUGCCACAUUAACUGCAGCUGUUAAAAAAGACACAUUAUAGCACACUAGAUGUUCAUGUUAGUGGAUCACCAUAAUCAUGUUUAAUUGUCUCAAAGGGCGGUCAUUUUGUUUUAGUAAUAUAAAAUAUAGUAUAAAGUCCCCUUAUACCAGAAAGUAGAAUUUGGGUUUUAAAAUAGAAGACAAGAACGAAUUUCUCAUAAAAAAAGUAUUUUUUUCUAGGCAGAUUAAAGUUCGAUCUUGACACUACUGUGUUAAAAGAAACUUGAUCUAACAGGACAGAGAGAAGUGGAUGUACCAGAUGCAAAACAACGAGAAUACAUCUGGCAGGCUCAUUAAACAGUUCACAGAAAUCUCACAGUGAACAGAAUAUGCAAUUUGAUCAUAAAGUUUGUGAGUAAUGCCAUAUAAACCAAUAACAAUAUGAGAAAAUUGCACUAAUAAAGCAUGCAACAAAACCUCCUGAAAAUAAGAUCUCCACAGCAAAUGCUGUUAGUGAAGGAUUCUUGCAUGAAAAUAAAAUCUAAAUAAAUAAAAA